UCCAGAAUUGGUCAGCACCAAAGAAUCCGUCCGAGGUUCGUAGUUUCCUCGACCUUGCAGGUUAUUAUCGCAGAUUUAUCAAAGGGUUCUCGAAGAUUGCACUCCCUUUGUCUCAGUUGACGAGGAAGUCUGUAAAGUUCGAGUGGACAGACCGUUGUGAGUCGAGUUUCCAGGAGCUGAAAAGGAGGCUUACGACGGCACCGGUGUUGACUAUACCAGAUCCUUCUCGGAGCUUCACCAUCUAUAGUGAUGCUUCGAGGCAGGGUUUGGGAUGUGUACUUAUGCAAGAUGGCCAGGUCGUUGCUUAUGCGUCACGCCAGCUUAAAAUACAUGAACAGAACUAUCCGACGCACGACUUGGAAUUAGCUGCAGUUGUUCAUGCCCUCAAGAUUUGGCGACACUAUCUAUACGGCGGUCAAUGCGAAAUCUUUACUGAUCAUAAGAGCUUGCAGUAUAUCUUUACCCAGAAGGAGCUCAACAUGAGGCAGCGCCGUUGGUUAGAACUCGUCAAGGAUUACGAUUGUACGAUCCAGUAUCAUCCGGGAAAGGCGAAUGUUGUUGCUGAUGCCCUAAGCCGCAAGGUGAAAGGUGACUUGAUGUAUGUUGUUACUCAGCAGAGUCAGUUGAUUCAUGAGUUCGCCCGGAUGCAGAUCCAGCUGGUUGAUGCACUUUCUACCGCCAGUUUGGGGAGUGUGAGUUCCAUGCAAGUUCAGCCGACGUUGAGGGAGAGAAUCCAGCAAGAGCAGGCUUCAGAUGAGUUUAUUCGUACGAUUGAUGCCAAGGUUCGUGCCGGAGGCGUCGAGGGUUUUCACCGAGGCACUGAUGGGGCCUUGGAGUUUCGUGGCAGGAUUGUGGUGCCUAAA